GGGCUGGCCAAGCCCCCGAGAGGAUGGCGGCCUGGGCAGCAGAGCCAGAGCCUGGGCGGCCUGUGAGCACAGGGUGAAGCCUGAGCGCUAAAUGGCCAACUCCACAAGGCUGAACGCCGCAGAGGUCGCAGGCUCCAUGGGGUGGAUCCUGGCGGCUGUGGUGGAAGCGGCAGCACUGCUGGGCAACGGCGCGUUGCUGGUCGUGGUGCUGCGCACGCCGGGGCUGCACGACGCGCUCUACCUGAUGCACCUGUGCAUUGUGGACCUGCUGGCGGCCGCCUCCAUCAUGCCGCUGGGCCUGCUGUCCGCGCCGCCGCCGGGGCUGGGCCGCGAGCGCCUGGGCCCCCUGCUCUGCGGCGCCUCGCGCUUCCUCUCGGCCGCGCUGCUGCCGGCCUGCACGCUCGGCGUGGCCGCACUGGCCCUCGCGCGCUGCCGCCUCAUAGUGCACCCGCUGCGGCCCGGGGCGCGGCCUGCGCCUUCCCUGGUGCUCACGGCCGUGUGGGCCGCAGCGGCGCUGCUGGGCACGCUCUCCCUGCUCGGGCCGCCGCCCGCACCACCCCCGGCCCCGGCCCGCUGCUCCGUCCUGGCCGGGGGCCUCGGUCCCUUCCGGCCGCUCUGGGCGCUGCUGGCCUUCGCGCUGCCCGCCCUCCUGCUGCUCGCCGCCUACGGCAGCAUCUUCCUGGUGGCGCGCCGCGCUGCCCUGCGGCCCCCGCCGCCAGCGCGCGGGGCCCGGCUGCGCUCUGACUCCCUGGACAGCCGCCUCUCCAUCCUACCCGCCCUCCGGCCGCGUCUGCCCGGGGGCAAAGCAGCCCUGGCUCCCGCGCUGGCCGUGGGCCAAUUCGCAGCCUGCUGGUUGCCCUAUGGCUGUGCCUGCCUGGCUCCCGCUGCGCAGGCCGCGAAGGCCGAGACGGCCGUCACCUGGGUAGCCUACUCGGCCUUCGCGGCUCACCCCUUCCUGUACGGCCUGCUGCAGCGCCCCGUGCGCCGGGCGCUGGGCCGCCUUGCGCGGCAAGCGCUGCUUCGGCGCCCGCGGGCCUGCACUCUGCGCACCUGGCACCCGCGGGCGCUCCUGCAACACCUCAAGGGACCUCCAGAGGGCGCUGCCCUAGGCCGUUCGGAGGCACCGGAACAAGACCCGGGUUUGGCUGGAGGCGAGAUCCUCAGCAUGCCGAAGGCCACCUGAGAGGAGCUCUGUCUCACACACUGAGCUGGGACGGAGAAAGGGGGGUGGCAUUAAAAAGGGGACCGGCCAGCCUGCUGCACCGGUGACGGCAGGUGCCCUGAGGCUUCUGACUCAGGAACGGCAAUAAGGGAGGCUGCAACCUGGUGAGGCCCAGAGGGGAGCUGGGAGUCCUGGGCUCUGGGCCCAACUCUGCUGCGUGGCCUCGUGCGCAGACCGACCCUUCCCCAGGCCUCACUUUCCCCAUCUGUGCUCCGGACCAUCUCAAAGGGCUUCCCCACCUUAGGUGGUCUGGACACUCCUGGAUGGGCCCCAGGCCGAGGAAGGGGCAGAGGUGGGCAGGACCCCAAAGAGGGUCCUCAGGGCUCACGGCCGCAGGGCCAGGCCGGGUGACACCGCAGCAGGAGGAAGCGGUGGCGAGUGGCCCUCAGAAGCACCCCCCUGCACGCACCGGGGAGAGACUGGACAAAGCCACUGGGUCUCCUCCAUCAGCUUCGAACACGCCCAGGCAACCACGGGAGCAGUGUGGUGCUAGCGGUCGGGGCGGGGGCGGGGGGUGGACGUGUCCCCCACAGGGCCCUGCAGCCCCAGAACUAGGGCGGGUGGGUUCACAGACGGGGUCCUCUGGGGCCCUCUGCACUCAGUUGCUGAGGUCUUGCCAAUACCCACAAUGUUCCACC